AUGCCGAGAAACAUCGUCUCCAUUCCGCCUAAGCGCACUACAUCCAUCUCGACUCCUCUAGCCACAGCCAUCCGCAACUAUAUCUCCCACAACUACAGUGAUACCCAUCCAGACGCCUUCAACAAUGACAUUCGCGACUUUGUUCUGCUUCGAGACCAGCUCAGCUCGAACGAGAUCCACAUCUCUGCCAUUGAGCCUCUGCUUCGGUACCAUGCGCAGCUAGUCUUCUUCAGCACCAAGUUCCCAUCCAACAUCAAUCUCUCUUUCCCGUGGUCGCUAUCUUUUUCACCUUCGCUUCCAUCAUGGACCAACACCAUCUCCGGCGCUAUGGAGGCGAACAAGUCCGCCGAAGCAGGUCCUGCAUCGGGUAUUGCAUAUGCGACAAGUGAUACGGUAGCGCAACCUGAUCUUGCAUUUGAGAAAGCCAACGUGCUGUUCAGCUUGGCAGCGCUGUAUUCUGCAUUAGGAUGCGCAGAAUCAAGGACAGACAAGGAGAGCAUCAAACGCGCCACUGCUUGGUUCCAGAAUGCCGCAGGUGUGGUACAGCAUAUCAUCGACAAUCUCGUCGAGCCCACACGACACCUAGCACCACCAUGCGCUGAUCUCAGCCCUCGUCUGCUCAGCUGUAUCAGGGAUUUGAUGCUUGCUCAGGCGCAAGAGUGUUUUUGGCAGAAAGCAGUGAUGGAUCGAAUGAAGGAUGUCACAAUAGCAAAACUCGCAGAGAAGGCCUCAGACUUCUACGCUGCUGCUUUGCAAGCGGUGAUAAAGUCACGAACCGAUGAUGCUAAGGCGGAACCGGCAGAUACGGCAAAGAUCACCCUUCCUUCUGGAUGGGAGAACCAUCUCACGGUAAAGCGGUGGCAUUUCGCUGCAGCUGCACAGUACCGCAAAGCAUGCGACGACUUGGGUGCGAACCGGUACGGCGACGAGCUCGGUCGACUGCAUCUGGCGGAACAGCACGUCAAGAAGGCACUCGAUUCAGCUAAGCGCGGUGUCAGUGAUGCAAUCACCAGCGAUCUUAAGAGUUUGCAAGGUGUCUUGCAGUCCAACAUUGCACGAGCGAGUCGUGACAACGACCUCAUCUAUCUGGAAGCUGUGACACCCGCUACGCAGCUCAGCCCGAUCCAGCCUGCAGCGAUGGUCAAACCUGUGGUACCUGUUGAGAUUGCCCAGCCGAUUGCGCAUCUGCGUGACGCACCGCAGCCUGCGUUUGGACGACCACUGUUUGCCGAAUUGGUGCCCUAUGGAGUACAUCUCGCAAUUAGUAUCUAUGAUGACAGGAAGGAUUCUUUUGUCAGGGACACUAUCGCAAGCAGGAGAGACGAACUAGAUGCAUUGGCGACAAGUAUGCUGCAAAGCCUCAAUCUGCCCGGGUCGCUGCAGGCUCUAGAACAGCCGAUGGGUCUUCCGCCUUCGCUGUUACGAAAGCAUGAGGAGGUGGUAGCAGAAGGUGGACUGGAGAGGCUACAGCGCAUCGCUCAUGACGUGGCGCGAAUCGCUGCUACUGACCAAGGCACACUAGCCGAAGCACUGGCGCUGAUUGAACACGAAGAGCGCGAAGACGAGACAGUUCAAGCGAGCUUUGCAGGGAAAGGCUGGGGUCGACAGAGAAGUGCUGAAGUCAACAGAGAACUCAAGGCACAGGCGGCAGAGUAUCACGGGACAUUGAUGAAGGCAGCUGCUUCCGAUGAUAUCGUGCGACGCAAACUCGAAGAUUGGGAGGAUCUCAUCGGUGUGCUCGGUGGCAACGUGCAAGGAUUAGAGGCAUUCGUUCCCUCAUCAAACCCCUCUCUUUUUUCGGCGAGUAGUGGAUCAAAAGGGUCGGACAAGCAGAUACAAGCGGUCCAAGCACUGCGUGAAGGACUCGAGCACCUUGAUGAUCUACUCGAUUCUCGUUCCGCUUGCGUGACCGAGGCGAAAGCUAUGGCUGCAAGUGAUGACAUCCGUCCACUGGUAAUGCGGGAGGCUGCUUCCCUCUCAUCCUCUACCUCGUCACCUGGUGGAGUUGGUGGGGGUGAGGUGUCAGCGGCAGACUUUGAGGGGCUCUUCGAUCGCGAAUUGGCCAAAUACUCUCGAUUCAAAGCCGAUCUCGACUCAUCCGCCGCUGCUCAGCAAGACCUUCUCGAUCGAAUCCAAGAGUGCAACACGGCUUUCGUCGAAGCUCGCAAGUCCGACGCUACGAUCCAACGUCGUGAAAAGGCACUGCAGAACCUCGAUGCUGCCUAUGUCAAGUACAGAGAGCUGUCGAGCAACUUGGUGGAGGGACUGGAGUUCUACAAUGGCUUGGCAAAGAUCUUGAGUGGAUACAGGGAUGGUGUAAAGGAAUGGGCUAGAGCAAGACAAGUCGAUCUACAUUGGUUGAUUCAUCAGAUGGGUAAAGUCAGUGUCCAGGAUCAGCAGCAACAGCAGGGGCAACAACAACAGCAGUAUCAGCCGCAAGAGCCAAGGCAGCAGCAAGGGUACGUAUCGGAAGCAGCUCCGCCACAGGCCGAACAAACCACUCCUCGCAGGUCAACCAGGACCAAGAAUCGCAACAGCCAGCAAGCUGCCCAGACUCCACAGCAAGUUGCAGCUCAGGGACAAAGUCAACCGCCAGCAGCACAAUUUCAACCACCGCCUCCGCAGUGGGGCGCUCUUCCACCGGGUGCAAAGAUUCAGUUCAAAGAUUAG